CAGGGAAACACCAACAACAGAUGGAGUGUAAUAGCUGCUGUGGAGGUGUAGGUGACGCCCUGUGCCACAAGAGGGCAGCAGAGCAUUGUUAUGGCUGACCACCGAGGAGACAACACGCUUGGGGUUCGUCUUUAUUAGUCUUCACCUGACCACCCACCUGACCCCUGACCUGCCUCCCCCAGUUUCACCCCCUGCCUGUUGCUGAUGAUUGAAGUUGAAAGUGUUUGACUGUGAGUCUGAACCAGAUCAGACCUUCUUCUCUCUGUGUGCUCAGUCCGGUGAGUCUGGUUCUGAUGAUCCGCUGCUCAUAGAAAGAUGCAUUUUAAAUGACAAUGUGCAUAAUUCAUUUAAUUUAACAGAGAAAACACAACUUCUAAUGUUGCCAAAGUUUUUAUUGUAUUUGUUGAUCAAACCCAGAGUUAAAUGAAUCUAAAUACAUGUGUGUCCAUUCUCCCCUGACCUCUGACCCUGAGUAAAAACUCUAGAGGCUGUUGUGAGUGAAAGUCAUGAAGCUCAGAGUCACUGAGGUCACAUGUUUCCUCAUGAACUGGAGCUCCUCACCUUGACCUGGCGCUGACACACGAUUGGCCGAUAACUGCACGAAUAAGCAGGGGCUCAGGUGUUCCUAAUAAAGUGCUCGGAAGUGAAGGCAGCAGAAGCCCUGCCCUGUGAGGAGGACACAGUCUGCGCUGAGGGUGGAGACACAGACAGCAGCAGCACCGGGUGGAGUGACGCCCCUCUGGUCUGGAGGUUCAUUAUCUGAGUGAGUCUGUUGAUCUGCAGGAGACUGAUUACACUGGCAUCAUGUGCUGCUGCUUCCUCCUGCUGCCUGUGCUCACGGUGCUCACCGGGACUGUGGAGCCGGUCGCAGGGUUCAGUAACGGGAAGGUGGGUGUAGCCUGUGGAGACAUGACGCCUCAGCAUGGGUACGAGCCCAGUCCAGACCCGCCUCCCUACAGCAUCACUGUGGACAAACCCACCUUCAGGCCUGGGGACAACAUCACAGUGACUUUGAGAGUGGCCCCCUCCUCCUCCUCUUCCUCCUCCUCCUCCUCCUCCUCCUCUGCUGACCACACAUUCUUCAGGGGCUUCCUGAUAGAAGCUCGGGAUGCUGGGAAACUGGACCUGCCUGCAGUGGGAUUCUUCAUCCUGACUGACCCUCGUCAGUCCCAGCUGCUGCAGUGUGGCCACACUCAGGGAUCUGGACUGAGCCACAAUGGAGGCACAAAGAAGACUCAGGUCCAGGCUGUGUGGGAGCCUCCAGACGCCCCCCCACAGAGAGUCCAGUUCCUUGUGACGGUGGUGCAUGACUAUGAGGUGUACUGGGUGAGGAUUGCAGGUCCUGUGGUGUCUCUGAGAGGAGCCACCGCUGCUCCGCCCACCGUGGCUCCACACACCGUGGCUCCGGCCACCGUGGCUCCACCCACCGUGGCUCCACACACCGUGGCUCCGCCCACCGUGGCUCCACACACCGUGGCUCCACACACCCCUGUUCCCGCUCAAACCACCAGCCCUGCUGCUCUGUCCUCACCGUUUAGCUCGGGGGGGUGUGGCCUCAGUAAGUCCUGCCUCAGAGACCCAGUGGGCUGUCACCCAGAGUCAGACCCCCACUGUUUCUUCCUGUCCUUCACCGCGGAUGGAGCAGGACGGAGCGUGAUGUUUGAAGUCAGUGGUCCAGCGGAGGGUUACGUGUCCUUCGCUCUGUCUCUGGAUAAAUGGAUGGGCGAUGAUGACGUUUAUCUGUGUGUCAGUGAUGGAGGCGGAGUUUCCAUCAGCGCUGCUCACGUCUCUGGACGAACCCCCCCUGAGCUGGAAACAGAGGAUGCUGUGUGGGGUCGGGCCUGGAGACUGGCAGACGGGGUCAUCCAGUGUCGUUUCCAUAGAAACAUCCUCCUACAGAACAGGUUCGACUUAAACCAGAGCUACUUCCUGUUUCUGGCUCAUGGUCGAUCUCACCGAGGUCUGAUCCACAGACACCACCAUCAGCCGCUCAUCUCCACCGAUCAGAAGGUGAUCACUGGACGUCCAGAGGAUCUGAUUGGCUCCCGCUCCCCGCUCCUCAUCAAGGUCCAUGGUGUGCUGAUGCUGACUGUCUGGAUGUGGACGGUGAACACGGCCGUCUUCGUCGCUCGCCACUACAAACACUGCUGGCCUGACACCACCGUGCUGGGACAAAGACUCUGGUUUCAGAUCCAUCGGACCAUGAUGCUCUUGGCUGUGGUCCUAACUAGUGUGGCCUUCACGCUGCCUUUCAUAUACAGGAGGGGAUGGAGUGAGGGUGCCGGCUCUCACCCUUACAUAGGCUGCGCUGUCAUGGCUCUGUGUGUCAUCCAGCCAAUUAUGGCGGUUCUCAGACCGGUGCCAGAGUCCCCCAGGAGGAUCAUCUUCAGCUGGCUGCACUCUGGAGCCGGCACAGCUGCACAGAUACUCUCCACGGUGUGUGUGUUCCUGGGUGCUGCUCAGCAGGCGCUGCUGUUACCCAGUCCCUGGUCUCCCUCAGGGCUGACUGCCUGGCUGCUGUGGAUCCUGCUGGCAGAGCUGCUGCUGCUGAUCCACAGAAGAAGAGAAAACAGCAGCAGUGACGACACAGAGAAUAUUCUGUUUUCUCAGUUUGAGAAGUGGCAUCAUGAAGAGAUUCCCAAAGUGAAGACAAUGGUGUUUGUGGUGUUCCUCAUAGGAAACACAGGCUUCCUGGCUGCUUUCCUAAAAGCUAUUGCAUCUUUAUAAGCAUGACAAAUGAUCAUCAGCUAUGAGACUAUCUUGUAAUUGUUGUAUAAAAUAAAUACAUAUGUGUGUGUUAUUAAA